CGCAUUCCACGCUGCGGCUCAAACAAGUCUCUAACAAACAAAUCAAGGCCAAAUUUAAAAGGUCUCCUGGCAACAACUCCAACUCAUGUUACCUCUCCUACCGAGCUGCCCCAGACUACACUCACCCUGGAGCCUCCAUUCCCAGAGAUAUUCACCGGGGAGACAGUCACUCUGAGGUGUGGGGUUGAGGGGGGUUCUGCUGGCUGGAAAUAUCUCUGGUACAAAGACAGUGAGGACACUCCAGUGCUCCAGACUGCUGGUCGCAGUAUAACUGGUGACAGCUACACCAUCACUGCAGCCGCUGUAUCUGACCAGGGCCAGUACUGCUGUCGAGGACAAAGAGGAGAUCAGCCACUCUACUCUCAGCGCAGCGAUCCUGUGAAAUUAAACAUAACUGAGCUGCCAAAGGCUGUGCUGACCAGCAGUCCUCAAUGGAGAAACCUGUACACUGGAGAGACUGUCACCCUGAGCUGUGAGGUUGAGGGGCGUUUCACUGGAUGGCGAUAUCUCUGGUACAAGAAAAGUGAGGGAGGCACAGUGCAGCAGAUUGGAGACGCUAUUGAUGAGAGAUACACAAUCAGGCUUGCUGAUCAGUCCUAUAGUGGACAGUACUGGUGUGAGGCACAAAGAGGAGAUCGACCACGUUCCUCUCAGCGCAGUGAUCCUGUUACACUGACUGUGUCUGAGCUGCCAAAGGCUGUGCUGAACAGCAGUCCUCAAUGGAGAAACCUGUACACUGGAGAGACUGUCACCCUGAGCUGUGGGGUUGAGAGGGGUUUCACUGACUGGGAAUAUCUCUGGUACAAGAGCAGUCAGAGAGACACAAGGCAGAUCAGAGACACCACUGGAGCCAGUUACACACUCAGCUCUGUCACUCAGUCCCAUAGUGGAGAGUACCAGUGUGAGGCACAAAGAGGAGACCGACCACGUUCCUCUCAGCGCAGUGAUCCUGUUACACUGACUGUGUCUGAGCUGCCAAAGGCUGUGCUGACCAGCAGUCUUCAAUGGGGAGAGCUGUACACUGGAGAGACUGUCACCCUGAGCUGUGGGGUUGAGGGGCGUUUCACUGGAUGGCGAUAUCUCUGGUACAAGAGCAGUCAGGAGGCACAGUGAAGAUCAGAGACACCACUGGGGCCAGAUACACACUCAGCCCUGUCACUCAGUCCCAUAGUGGACAGUACCAGUGUGAGGCACAAAGAGGAGAUCAACCACGUUCCUCUCAGCGCAG